AUGGCUCCGCCGGCCAAAAGAAGGCGGCGCAAUGUCGUAGAAUCAGACGAUGAAGAAGACGAGCGUCCGAAGACGAACACCUUGACGAACUAUCUAUUUUCUUCCCCGAACUCCAAAGCUGGGAGCAGAAACGCGAUCGCAUCGCCGAGCCCGACAAAGACACGAUCUCGAACCGCUGACACAGGCAAACCCAUACCAGCACCGUCCGUCCUCCAAGCACGAAAUGGAUCGAACAAGGGCACCAAGAGCCCGAGUACGAGCCCAGAGAAGGCCAAGGGCAAAGGGCAGAAGCGCGUCAAGGUCGAAGAGAAGGGGAAGAACGGCGACCUCAUGACGUUAUUCUCCAAACAGGUGCAGCGGACGACUGCCAAGCCUAGUUCCUCGCGGACCGUACCUCUCGAUGAUAUCGUGAGCGAUCCCAUCUCCGACGACGACUUUGCGGACCAGAAAGCCAGCACUUCGAGCAUAGUAGGCCAGAACGCGCGCAAGCGCUUCCGCGACAACACUCCCGCUUCGUCAGCAGCGUCUUUCGCUGCAAGCCAGAAGUUCCUCAAGCCCACGCGCCCGACGACACCAGCAGCACUCGACGACGACCUGCGGCCAUGGUCAGAGCGCUUUGGGCCCGUCAAUCUGGACGAGCUCGCGGUACACAAGAGGAAGGUCGCGGAUGUGCGGAAAUGGCUGGAGGAUGUUGUGAGCGGACGCUUGCGCCAGCGAUUGCUGCUCCUUAAAGGUGCGGCGGGCUCUGGCAAGACUACCACGAUGAGACUACUAGCUAAGGACAUGGGCGCCGAGCUGCUGGAAUGGAGGAAUCCAACCAGUGCGAAUGGUGCAAAUCUUGGGUACUCGUCUGCGUCCGGGCAGUUUCAGGAGUUCCUGGGCAGAGGCGGGAAGUUCGGUCAGCUCGAUCUGGAUCUGACGGCGGAGGCACAGCGGCCAAAGACUGAGAAGGCGGAUCCUUCAACACAGAAGAUCAUCCUGGUGGAGGAAUUCCCAAAUACCUUUUCGAGGUCAUCGUCAGCUUUGACCUCAUUCAGAAAUACCAUCUUGGACUACUUGGCGACAAACACGCCUGCACUCUCUGCCUUCGGGCGCCGGCCUUCACAUGAGCCAAUCACCCCGAUCGUCUUGGUUAUCUCGGAAACGCUGCUGACCACGACCUCGGCUUCGGCGGACAGCUUCACUGCGCAUCGCCUGCUUGGCCCCGAUAUCCUGCGACACCCCGGCGCAAAGGUCAUCGAGUUCAACGCCAUCGCGCCCACGCUCCUCGCGAAAGCACUGGAGUUGGUGGUCAUGAAGGAGGCGCGAAAGUCUGGCAGGAAACGUACCCCAGGACCUCAAGUGCUGAAACGACUGGGCGAGAUUGGCGACAUUCGAAGUGCGAUAUCGUCGCUGGAGUUCAUGUGCUUGAAGGGCGACCAGGACGCCGACUGGGGAGCCAAGGUUGCCUUAUCAAAGCAGUCGAAGGGCGCCAAGGCCGGCAUUUCCAUGACGAAGGGGGAGCAAGACACCCUGGAGCUGAUAUCCCAACGCGAAGCCAGUCUGGGUAUUUUCCACGCUGUCGGCAAGGUGGUUUACAACAAAAGAGAAGAAACGCCCGCGGGGCCAAAUCCAGCCGAGGUAUUGCCAAGCUACCUCGCGCAUCACUCCCGGCCGAAGCCGUCAGAAGUAAUGGUCGACACGUUAAUAGACGAGACGGGCACCGAUACGCAGACAUUCAUCUCCGCACUUCACGAGAAUUACAUGUUUUCUUGCCAGACGGUACCACCAAUGGAUGCAUCAACACCACUAGACUACGUCAAUGGCUGUAUUGAGUACCUCUCGGAGAGCGACCUGCUCUGCCGGUCGUCAGAUAUAUUCUUCGGCGGCAGGGGUGCGUACGCCGGCUUUGGCAGAGACUCGGGCAGCCACGUUCUCCGACAAGACGAGAUCGCCUUCCAGGUCGCCGUCCGCGGGAUGCUCUUUUCACUGCCAUCGCCCGUCAAGCGCAAGGCGUCUGGGUCGAAGGGCGGGGAUCAGUACAAGAUGUUCUACCCAACUAGUAUCAAGUUGUGGCGACAGAAGGAGGAGUUUGAGAGUCUGGUCGAUGUGUGGUCUACGAAACUCAUGAAGGGCGAGGAGAGUGCGCCCAGAAAGGGCCUGAUGGACAGCGCGAGCGCUUUCCAACGACCGAAGCAGACGGACGUCGGUAGUUGGAUGGCUAAGCGCCAGUCUAAACCUGCACCGACAAACGACACCAAGACAGAGACCGAUUCCACGCCACUGCUUUCACUCGGCAGCUCAGCUCGCAGAGAGAUGUUGCUUGAGCGUCUGCCGUACAUGGCUGCCAUCGUCCGCGGCCGCAAGUCAACACUCCACUCCUUCAAACUUCGAGACAUCGAGAAGGUUGUCUCGUUCCAGGGCAUCGGGGCCCAAGUAGCAGACGACGAGGAUGCAGAGGACGCGCCGGACGAUAACAUCAUGACGGGGGAUGCCUGGGCGACCGAUAAACCGUCAGAGGAGUCGACGCCCCGCAAGAAGGGGGCCUCGAUCCGGCACAAGAGUGAUGGGUCGGUGGCGGGGCUGCAGGUGCAGAAUUUAGUCAUUAGUGAUGAUGAUAUCGAGGAUGAUUGA